GGUACCCCAGGGCGGAGUCGAGCGCGGGGCGGGGCGCACCGGGCCGGGUCCGAGGCGCCGUGCUGAACAGCAGGGGCGGAGCGCCAACUCCAGCGAGAAGACAGAGACCGCGACGCGCGGGGGAAGCGCGCUGGAGCAAGGAAGAAAGAAGGACACCCCGUACGCAGCGCUACUGCACGUACAAGUUGGGUUCCCCCAGGACCAAACCGAGCUGCCAGGGCAGCCGAGCGACCCGGGAGGAGGCGCCCAGGCAGGGUCCAGGAUGACAUUUUGACUCUCCUCAGGGAAGCGGGCAGUGUGCUAGGCUGGGUGAGUCGUGACACCUGAAGGUCCAAACCCCCAGCUCAGCGUGCUGAGACUCACAUACCACUCCUCCUGCUGUCUCCGCCAUGGCAGCCCAGCAUGGAAACACUAGCUUUGCCCCCAACUUCAAUCCGGCUCUAGACUCCACCUCCCCCCUCCCCUUCAACUUCAGCUACGGUGAUUAUGACCUCCCUCUGGAUGAGGAUGAGGACAUGACCAAGACCCGGACCUUCUUUGCUGCCAAGAUCGUCAUCGGGGUGGCACUGGCAGGCAUCAUGCUGGUCUGUGGCGUGGGCAACUUCGUCUUUAUUGCUGCCCUCGCCCGCUAUAAGAAGCUGCGCAACCUCACCAACCUGCUCAUCGCUAACCUGGCCAUCUCCGACUUCCUGGUGGCCAUCAUCUGCUGCCCCUUCGAGAUGGACUACUACGUGGUGCGCCAGCUGUCCUGGGAGCACGGCCACGUGCUCUGUGCCUCUGUCAACUACCUGCGGACCGUCUCUCUCUACGUCUCCACCAACGCCCUGCUGGCCAUAGCUAUCGACAGAUAUCUCGCCAUCGUGCACCCCUUGAAGCCACGGAUGAACUAUCAAACGGCCUCCUUCCUGAUCGCUGUGGUCUGGGUGGUGUCCAUCCUCAUCGCCAUCCCGUCAGCCUACUUCACCACGGAGACGGUCCUGUUCAUCGUCAAAAGCCAGGAGAAGAUCUUCUGCGGCCAGAUCUGGCCGGUGGACCAGCAGCUCUACUACAAGUCGUACUUCCUAUUCAUCUUCGGCGUGGAGUUUGUGGGCCCCGUGGUGACCAUGGCCCUGUGUUACGCCCGCGUCUCCCGCGAGCUGUGGUUCAAGGCGGUGCCGGGCUUCCAGACGGAGCAGAUCCGGAAGCGGCUGCGCUGCCGCCGGAAGACGGUGCUGGUGCUCGUGUGCGUCCUCACGGCGUACGUGCUGUGCUGGGCGCCCUUCUACGGCUUCACCAUCGUGCGCGACUUCUUCCCCGCCGUGUUCGUCAAGGAGAAGCACUACCUCACGGCCUUCUACGUGGUCGAGUGCAUCGCCAUGAGCAACAGCAUGAUCAACACCGUGUGCUUCGUGACGGUCAAGAACAACACCAUGAAGUACUUCAAGAAGAUGAUGCUGCUGCACUGGCGGCCCUCACACCACGGGAGCAAGUCCAGCGCCGACCUGGACCUCAAAACCAGUGGCGUGCCCGCCACCGAAGAGGUGGACUGUAUCAGGCUAAAGUAGCCCGCGGGUGGAAGGCCCGACAGCCGGAACUCCGCACGUCAUCCCCUGGGAGCCAAGUUCACAACGACUAUGUACCACACCUCACGGCCCUCAAGGGGCUGGAGGCCGCUCAGUUCUGACGGGCGGUGGGACUCAAGGGGCUGGAGGCCGCUCAGUUCUGACGGGCGGUGGAACUCGAGGCGGGUAACCGCAGCUGAGGUGAACUGACCACCCACUGUGUGCUGGCCGCACCAAGGAGAUAGGACAAGGCCACCGGGAGCUGACAUUUACCCGUUACCUACUGUGGGCAAAAAUUAAAUAACAAGCCAAAAUGGCAGAAGCUAUUGGAAUCACCAGUCAGGGACCUCACAUGGUUAGCUGCACUCACUCUCCAUCGCGCUACCUGUAUUCUCUAGCUCAUCAGGGCAGCAACGUCAAAGCCUAUAGAAUAAGCCACUUAGACGUGACGGGAAAGGCAAGGGUAAGUUCGUCAGAGUGUGCGGUUUAUAGCCUCAUGAUAAGAGAGUUCAUGCCAUCCCAUUGAACUUUCCCACUCAGCUCCUACUACCUCCCUAAAGGUAUUCUCUAAGAUUCUGGCUACGAGGAAAUUUUUCUCAUAACCAGGCCAUUGGUUAUCUACAAUGGUGCAAUUUCAAAGGAAAGGACCAGAAAAAUCUCUUCUCCACGGAUGCUUGCAAGCUCAUCAUUCUUUUGGGUGAACACAGGCAGUCCUGAAAUGAGGAACACACCCAGUCCCUGACACCUUAGCAUAAAGGAUUUUGGGGGGUUGUAAGGUCAGGGAGGAAGGGGACAGAGAAAAAGGUAGAGCUUGCCCCUGGCGAUGGAUGUAAUCCAUGUGGCUAAGGUCUGGAUGACUUUCUAGGACAAAUCUCUUUUGAGAACAAAGGAAACGAGCUGCACUUGGAAAGGAAAGGCCUGGAUUCAAGCCUCAUGUGACCUGGCUGCUUACUCUCUCUGCUUCUAGGUUUUGGGUCAGUGAAACAAGGAUGAUGAGAACACCCGUACUGUCUACCUUACAGGACUCGGGAGAACCCAUGGAGGCCACAGUUGCUGAAAGUGCUUUUUAACUCUACCAGUGAUAAAAAUGAAUAAGUGAUAUUAGACAGUUUGGAUUAGGGAAACCCCAUCCACUAUAACUUACUGUGAAGAAACACUCCCACUUUUGGACCAGAGACCUCUGAACUCUUCACGGUGCAGCCUGUCCUCUGCCCCCCCCCCCAGAAAAAAUAAAUAAAGGAACCCCCGUCCUGGGUAAAAAUGAGGAAAAUUUAACAUCAGAAUUUCAGUGACAACCGCCCCCUUAGCCUCCUCAGAAGUGUUGACAAUCUUCCCUGCAUGUUGUCAAACAGCACGUCCCAAGGAAUAUUAGCUUAAGCCAAAUGGUUUGUAAAUUCUGUGUUUACAAAAAUUAUUUAAUGCAUUUUACAGCCAAGCAAGUAAGUAUUUGUGGUUAUCUGCUUUUUUACAACUAUCACUGUGCUUUUAUUUAUUACCCCCAUCCAGGAUGGGGGCACCAAUUGUGUCUGACAAAAGAAUUCAGACCUUUUUUCCCCUCUUUUUAUCCUAAUACGUACAUUCCCCUUUAAUUUAAAUUUAACUGAAACAGCUUUUGUAAAUAUCAGUGUGUAUUGUGAUUUUCCAGUGAAUCAGUGUUAUGUUGUUAUCCAAUUAAAUAAUUAACAUAUGGAAUCUUAACCACAGUGUUCAGUUGUUUUCCCACUAAUCUUUUUAUAUAUGUUAGUAUAUUUAGAUAUAGUAUGUUUAGAUCUAAAACUAAAUAGUUCAAUCCUGAAACAGAGAAGAAACUUGUUGAAGGCGUAUUUAGAACAGCGGCAGUUCGUGCCAGCAUCCAUCCUCCCCUUGGUUACCCGCAUGCAAAAACUGCUUCCUGCCUGUGUGACCCCUUCGUUUCCAAAUUGUUGUUUGUGUAAUGAAUACCGCUGUUUGCAUGGAGACUUUUCAUUCGUCUAACUGGUGUUAACAAGUAAUAAAUAAUAAAUUAAUUGCAUUUGUGUUGGGGCACCUGGGUGGCUCAGUGGGUUAAGCCUCUGCUUUCAGCUUGGGUCCCGGUCUCAGGGUCCUGGGAUUGAGCCCCAAAUCGGUCUCUCUGCUCAGUAGGGAUACUGCUUCCCCCCACCACCCCUGCCUCUCUGCCUACUUGUGAUC